GGUUCAAGCGCUUGAUGGAUAUGCCCACCAUGCGUGAGGUCAACAGGCUCGCCGACGAGCGCGCCGGCCUGAGGGCCGUGGCCGAGGCCCUCUGGCCCUACCGCGACCGCUUCUACGCCAGCGCGCGGGCAGCCAGGCCCGGAUCGGACGGCAGCAAGGACGACCCAGAGGUGACGGUCAUCGAUCUGGAGGUUGACAUAUUUCAAGUGGUCGGGGCGCUCGUGGUGGUGGCCGCCCUGGCCUAUUUCGGCUUCAGCCUCGUGCGGGGCCUCCUGCCGCAGCCGCAGGACUACCAGAUGGAGCAGGCGGCGCUGCCGACGUACUCGCUCAAGAGCAGCCCCGCCGCGAGCCAGGGCGCCGCCGGCGCGCCGAUGUACUCGCUCGGCGGCGGGCCCCAGGGCCUCGAGCCCGGGUGAGACCACCUCGCGGCGCCCGCGCCCGUGGUCGAAGGUGUGGGCGCACUCACGGCCGCUGGGCAGACAGAUCAGCUUGUCUGAGCAGAGCAGCGCCCAGGGAAGCGACGGUGGCAGCACGGGCGACUGAUGGCACGGCGAGCGCAACGGCGGAGUUUCGACGAAGAAAAAAUUGCAUAAGCCUAAAUGUUUGGCGCUCCGCGCGGAGUCCUUGGAUCCGCGCUGCCCCUCCCCCCCCCCCUGUGGCGCCUCCGGCGCGCGCCAGGGAGGGGGGGUCCCAGCGCAGAUCCGAGAAGUCCACGCAGAGCGUCCAGAGUGUAUGUUCAUGCCGUUCUUUCUCCCUCCAAUGGCAUCGUCCUCUCCCUGCUUCUCGUCGUCGUCGCUCGCCUGCUCCCUCCUGGCUUUAUGAUGUUCCAGCUUAUGUGUA